GUGCAUAUUACCACAUGACAGAAUAUACUCCCGAUUCCUUCAAACUCCUACUAGGAAAGCUCGUCAAGACUCCCGAGUAUUUCACUCCGGAAGACCUUAAACUCGCACUUCAUCGCCUUUUUACCCCAGAUGCUACUUCUCCUGCACAAAUAGGUGCAUUCCUCGCUGCCCUCCACAUAGAAAGAGUGGAAAGACGCCCAGAAUCCCUCGCUGCGGCUGCUGAAGUCCUAAGGGCACGGGCAUUACAAGCAGAUAUCGAAGAUGGAGACACGGAUUUUGUUGUCGAUAUCGUUGGAACUGGAGGUGAUGGUCACAACACGUUCAACGUUAGUACCACAGCAGCCGUCGUUGCCGCAGGCGCAGGUGCUCGAGUGAUCAAGCAUGGAAGCAGGGCUUCCACGUCCUCAUCUGGAUCAGCAGAUCUUUUACAAUCCCUUGAUUGUUCAUUUACUGCCCCUUCACCAGGCACUCCUUUUCCCAUAUCUAAGGUGCCAUUCACCUUCAUCCUCGCGCCUCAUUACCAUCCUGCACUCGCUAUGAUCGCGCCAUACCGCAAGUCCUUACCCUUCAGAACGCUCUUCAAUGUCCUUGGGCCCCUCAUAAAUCCUGCACGUCCACGAGGAAUGGUUUUGGGUGUGGCUGAGCGUGAACUCGGUCCUACCUUCGCUCAGUCCCUCCGUGACGGUGGCGUCGAGCGUGCCCUCGUUGUGUGUGGAGCCGAAGGACUUGAUGAGAUUAGCUGUGCCGGCGACACGUACGCGUGGCAAUUGGAGGAUGGCAAAAUUACGGAAAUCAGAUUGCACCCAGACCUUUUCGGACUAAGUGUCCAUCCACUCUCAUCCGUUACUGGCGGAACACCGACAGAGAAUGCAGGGACGUUCAAGGCACUGCUUGACUCGGGUAAUGAUAUACCGGUGUCGCUGAUACCCGUUUUGCAUUUUGUAUUGCUGAACGCAUCGGCGCUUCUGGUUGUUGCAGGUUUAGCUUCGGACUUCAAAGAAGGGGCUGCGCUAGCGAUGAACAGCAUAACGUCUGGACGUGCAUGGGAUGCCCUCGUAGCCUUUCGAAAUACCGGUAGGGAGGCACUGAAGGAGACAGGCGGAUCUCAAAAUGGCAGAGCUUGA